GGUCGCGUGGUCGUAUUUCUCGGCUCUCAGUCAGCAUCCCGAUAGCUAAGGUCCACGGUUUCGGCUCGGUUCCGAGAAACACUGUAGUGCUCUAUCAAGGCGUGGGGGUGUUUGGGCACAGUCAGCGGCGUACGAAACGGGUUUCGUUUGAAUACAGGAUUGUGUAAAUUCGUGCAUUGGGGGUUUUUCGGUGGCCCAGCAUCCGUGUCGCUCUACCCGAAUUAAACUGGCAGAAAUUGUCGACGAUAAGUGUAUGUGUGUUUGUGUGUGCUAGUGCGUGCUCUGUGCAUCUAAAAUUGCGGCGGAAGUCGUAAAAUUAAAGUUUAUUUCGAGUGCAAAGUGUCAUUCUUGAAGAAUCCUACCGUACCUAUCGACGAGAAACAUGUGCCAGUGAAGCUUUGUGUUCUCGCGGUCUCGUCGUCGGAUAUUCCGCACAACAACAACAACAACUAAAUAGUAUUGUUCCGAAUCGGGAACACAAAGAGAGGUCGGAGAACUGGAGUGUCCGUUAUUGCGGAACGGGAAACCGACGCUUUCAUCUUUGGAAAAGAGUACAAAAGAGCGCCAGCAAAGAGGCGAGAGAGAAAGAGCACGAAGGUGGUUGUCCCCAGUUGUCCAUAUCCAAACCAGCAUCCUCCUCGAGUCGUAGAUCACAGACAGACAUCACAGUCAGCUGUUUGUACCAAGGAGGCGGAGUGGGGCACAUAAAGGAAAACGUACCAAGUGGGAACUAGACGCGAGACGGAAACGGCGCAUAUGCCACAACAGUAGACUAUGGCCAGACAUGACAGUGGUGAAGGUUAUGGUCAACCACUGAGAUACGAUCCCGAGUUUCAGGGACCACUUUCGAAGCGAUCAUGCACGGACAUUCCGUGCCUUCUUCUGUUCGCCGGCUUCCUAGCAGGCUGGGGAGCAGUGGCCUACUAUGCGCUUCACAAUGGCGAUCUGGAUCGCCUACUGGUCCCGACCGAUUCGAACGGUCUCAAGUGUGGCAUUGACAGCGAAGUUCAGAAAGAACCCUACCUGGUGUUCUUCGACAUUACCGAGUGUGCCAAGUAUGACGUCCCACUGUACGGCUGCAAGACACCGCAGGUUUGCGUCCGCGAGUGCCCCACCGAAGACUUCGCGUUUGAUUCGAAGCUUUGCAACACAAACAAUAUCAUCACCGUCCGAUCGAAACUCAUCUGCGAUCAUAACGUCCAGAAGGAUCAACUCAGCUGUAGCGACAUUCAGUCCUACAUAGAGCGGGGAAGAUGUGCUAAGUAUUCCCUCAAGAGCGUUCCCUUCGCGAAGCGAUGCAUCUCCAACCUACCGGACACCGAAUGUCCUUACAUUCCACCAAAAGUACUGCAACAGUACCAACUAGCCCCAUCCCCGCAAGAUUCCCGAUCCGGCAAGCAACUGUCGGCCGAGAUGCGGGACUGUGCCAACCAGCGACGACUGGGUCGUGAACUGCUGGUCGAACGCAUGUCCAAACUUCAGUCCUACUUUUCUCGCUACGUCGACAACCUGCUAUCCCACGUCACCAACGACACCAGUGUCCAUCAGACCGGUCAGAUGGUCGUCGAAGACAUCCUGGAAACGUGGCGCCUGGUGAUCGUGAUCCUGGUCCUCUCGCUGCUAGUCAGCCUGAUCUUCAUCACGAUGCUCCGGUGGAUUGCCAAGCCGAUGGUUUGGUUCUCGAUCCUCGGCGUCAUUGCUGCCCUAUGCUACGGAGUUUACUACAGCUACGAGCAGUACCAAUACAUCAGCCAGCAUCCGGUCGAGAGUCACGUGAACGUGUCGCCCAAUCUGAGCUCGCUGAUCAACUCCUGGUUCAAAUCCGAUCGCACCUGGCUCUGGAUACUGGUCAUCCUGUCGAUCCUGCUGGUCGUUCUCCUGUUGGUGGUGCUGGUCCUACGCAAACGAAUCGUGAUCGCCAUCGCGCUGGUCAAGGAGGGAAGCAAAGCGGUCAGCGCAAUCUUCUCCACCGUCUUCUUCCCGAUCAUUCCGUGGGCGAUGCACAUCCUGGUGAUCGCAUUCUCGAUCGUCGUCGGCCUCUAUCUGGCAUCGAUCGGUGAACCCAUCCACCGGGUGUACGGACUGAACACUUCGACGUCUUGCGUGUGCGACAACGGCUACCGGGAUGGAGACAUCUGCGAGCCGACUUCAUUCAACGAUCACUGUCGCAACAGUUUGCUGCUGGCGCGGGAUGCUCGCUGUACGGAUGCGGCCUGUCACUUUCAGGAGAUCAACAGCCCCAAGGAAGUGGGAUAUUUUCAUGCCGUCAACGUGGUAGGUUUCUUCUGGGGGAUCUGCUUCGUGUCCGCGUUUGGUGAUAUGGUCCUGGCGUUCACCUUCGCCACCUGGUAUUGGACGUUCCGCAAGAAGGAGCUUCGGUUCUUCGUGUUGACUACGGGAUUUCUGCGGACAGUUCGUUACCACUUGGGCACGCUGGCGUUCGGUUCGCUGAUCAUCGCCAUCUGCAAGAUCAUCCGGGCCAUGUUGGAGUACAUCGACCAUAAGCUCCGGAAGUACGACAACGGAGUGGUGAAGGCUGUGCUGUGCCUGUGCAAGUGCUGCUUCUGGUGUCUGGAGAGCUUCCUCAAGUUUUUGAACACCAACGCGUACAUCAUGUGUGCAAUCCAUGGGAAGAACUUUUGCUCCAGUGCCAAGGAUGCAUUUAGUCUGCUGGCCAGAAACAUCCUGAGGGUGAUCGCACUGGACAAGGUUACAGGGUUUUUGUUUUUCCUGUCGAAGCUGCUGAUCGCCUGUGGAAUGGCAGCGGUAACUUAUACGUUCUUCGAUAAUAAUGGAUCGACCAAGCUGCACUACCCGUUCGUUCCGGCGAUAAUUGUGUUCGUCGGGACGUACGUGAUCGCAUCCGUGUUCUUCAGUGUGUACUCGGUGGCGGUGGAUACGCUGUUCCUGUGUUUCCUGGAGGACUGCGAGCGCAACGAUGGCACCCCUGAGAAGCCCUUCUACAUGUCCAAGAGCCUGAUGAAGAUCCUGGGCAAGAAGCAGAAGUUUGAUGCACCUCGUUGAACCUAGGAUUAAGCAGCACCCAGUGCAUUGUAGCAGUACACAGUAAUGAUAUCAAAUACUUACUAUGCCAAAACUGUAUCAAAAAGUAACAUGAAUAUUAAGGCCAAAGUGAAGAGAAAGGUAGGUGCAAUCCAUUAAGUCAAAAGUAGGAUCGUGGUGAAGUGAGCUUUCUUUUUCUAUAAGAAACCAAAAGAGGAAAAAGACUUAUCCCAACCUACACAUACACACACACACACGUUAUCAAUUUAUUCGAUUUGAAUAUCAAUCAUUAGCAUUAUCAGUGUAGGUGUUUCGUAUUUGUUUCCACCUUAAAAUCGAAGUUGUCACAACUUCGCCUUAAAGACACACGUACGUAUUUUUAUACACCUAUUUAUGCGUAUAAAUGUAUUAGUAUUAAGGCAACGUGAAGGAAUUUAAUGGAGCAUUGAAAGGGAAUGUUGCAAGAAUUGGGAAUGUUUCAUUCGCGUGGAAACCGAUUGUGAUCGACUGCGAUAGAGUGUUGUGAAGAGAAAGAGAGAAUUAAUAUAUUGAAUUGAAAGUGAUGAAUAUACCUCUGAGAAGUGUAUUUUUUUAUGAUGAGAUCAAUGAUUAGUGGAAGAGCAUAAAACAGCAUAUUAAGGACAUUUUAUAGAACUGCAACUAUUCAUACAUAAGGAUCUCAGCCAUUUCACAGCAGAGGAUAAACAUAUGUAGUUUUAUGUUUCAGACGACACAUGCAAAUUACAUGGAAAUCGUGUAAA